AUAUAACAUAUUUAUUCAUAAUUAUUAUUACCAUUCAGCAUUAGCGUUUGUCUUAUUAGAUUAGUCUACCCUAUAAAUUGUUUGUAAAUAGUAUUUCUAUCAACACGUCGUACACGAUCAAACUCUAAAAGCAGAGUUGCUCUUCAAGUUCUCUUGCACAGCCAAAUGAUUCACGAACGCUUCGCCAAUCGGUUCGAUUGAAUCACUUAAUAGAACCGACUCGAGUGAACGACUCAAUGAUCGGACAAACGUCAUUACUAUUUAAACUCAACGCACAAACACGCGUGUCUUCCUUUGGGAGUUUUUUUCUCACGCCUAAAACGAUGAAUGUCACUGUGUAAUGUUGAAGAAACACUUCGACAACUCCUGCACGAAGUUUGUCCAGUAUGAAGCAUUUGAUCAACGAACGGAUCUGCGCUUUAUUCCGCGAUAACUGGCAGCAUACUUUAACAUACUGGAGCGUGUUCUUCAGUUUUGGACUCUGUGUCGCUUUUCUGGGUCCGACCAUACUGGACCUGAGAUGUCAGACCCAGUCCACGUUACAGGAGAUCACCCUCGUCUUCUUUUCUCAACAGUUUUUCCUCUUUAUUGGAAGCACCAUCGGAGGAUUCUUCAGUAAAACGCUUUCAUGUUCUUUAUCGGCAUUGGCAGUGUCCACUCUCAUCAUCUCUGUGGUGUUUGCCAUCAUCCCGCUAUGCCAUCAGUUACUCAUGUUGGCAUUUGCCCUGGCAGUGUCUGGUCUUGCCAUGGGCGUCAUUGACACCAUAUCUAACCUACAGCUGGUCAAGAUCUACCAGAAAGAUUCCACUGUAUUCCUGCAGGCUCUUCACUUCUUUGUAGGUCUCGGGGCAUUGGUGAGUCCCCUGAUCGCCGACCCAUUCCUCUCGGAGACCAACUGUGUGAUCGGAAACAACAGCGCGAAUGCAACGUCACUAAGACAUCUGAGGAACAAGCUGGCAGGCAGACACGUUCACAACGUGUCCAACGUGCACCUGCACACCGACGGCGAAGUCAGCACAAAUGUGUCCUAUGCCUUCUGGAUCAUGGCUCUAACCAACCUGCCUGUACCCAUCGCAAUUUUAAUCCUCAUGUACCGUGAACGGGUGUUUUCAUGUGCUUCGGACCACAGUCGUCGCCUGCUAGAUGGAGACGUGCUGGCGAUGAAAACCUGGGGAACCACAGGACAGUUAGAUGACAGCGGCCAUCAGAACGAAAAGCCUAAAAGCCUUAUAGACAUGUUCAACUGUUGUCUCCUUGGCAACAAGCACGGGCUUCCUCUUUCUUUCUUUGGGAUUCAUAUCCUCGGGGGUCUGGUGCUCUUUUUCUCUGACGGUAUCGUGGGCUCAUACACAGGGUUUGUCUACGCCUACGCGGUGUCGCCCCCUAUGAAUCUACCUCACAAGACGGCCGGCUACUUGACGUGCGUCUUCUGGGCGGCCAUAACUGUGGGCCGUCUGUCUGCUAUACCGCUGUCUUAUCGCUGUAAGCCCAUCCGACUCCUAACCGUCAGUCAGGUGGGUGUGAUAGUCACGCUUCUCCUGCUACUGGUUUUCUCAAACAGCAUCGUGUUCCUCUUCAUUGGCACCUGCUGUCUGGGCCUUUUCAUCAGCAAUAUUUACCCCUGCAUGCUCGCGUUCACCGAAGACGUCCUGGAAUACAAGGGCUGCGCCACAGCUGUUCUGGUAACCAGUGCAGGAAUGGGAGAGAUGUUACUUCAGGUUCUUGUCGGAUCGGUGAUGCACAAUCGCGGCAGCUAUAGCUUCCUGUUGAGCGGAAUGAUCUUCGGCUGCUUGGGAUUUACAAUAUUCAUAUUGCUGUUCUUUGUUCAGCAAAAUCACAAAAGCUUCACUGAAGCUUUGCCCAAUAAUUCUCCGAUGGAAAGACUCGAGGAAAACGGGAUCAAGACCUGCUCUGGUGCUGUGCUGAACUCAUGGGAGAUCCCCGAGCGGAAAUCAUCAAUCGAUCCAUAGCAAAAGCGCUCGGAGGUCAUCCACCGAGACGAUGGAUGAAAAUAUGACAACCGUAAAGGGACGAAGGACCGGUUGACGUUCCUGUCAUCAAAAGAACAUAUCUGUGGACUAAUAUGCAAGUCAGUGACGAUGUACAGGUUUGAUCUUAUAGCAUAAUAAGCCACUGAGAAGUGUUAGAAAUCAGAGAUCUUGAACAAAAGAUUUAUUUUUGUAUUUAAAUACUUUUGAUAAAUGAACAAUGCGAUGAAGGAUCUUGUAUUAUUGUGUAGACGUCACAAUAUAAUUAUGCUCAGUGAAACUUUGUGCAAUAAAACAAAU